GCGGCGGGAGGAUGCUCGGCUGGGCUUGAGCCGCGCUCCCAUGCAGCCCCGCCGGCCCCCCGCCCGGCCCCGCCCGCAGCAUGAGGCGGCUCCGCCGGCUGGUGCACCUGGUGCUCUUCUGCCCGCUCUCCAAGGGCUUGCAGAAUCGUCUCCCUGGCAUCAAAGUAAAAUACCUUUUCCUGGCCUGGCUGGGCAUCUUCGUGGGCAGCUGGGUCGUGUACAUGCAUUACUCAUCCUACUCCGAGCUCUGCCGAGGACACGUCUGCCGGAUGAUAAUUUGUGACCAGUACAAGAAGGGGAUCAUUUCCGGCUCGACGUGCAGGGACCUGUGUGACGAACACACGCUCGUGUUCCAGCACUGCCUCUCCUCGUCCCCCACGCAGCAGGUUUACAGCGGGCUCUGGAAGGAGAAAGAGGUGAUCAUUAAAUGUGGCAUCGAGGAGGCCUUGAAGGUAGACAGCAACCCCGAUUCUGCUCCCCGGAGGGACCUGGUACUCUUUGACAAGCCGACCAGAGGGACAUCGAUGGAUGAGUUCAGGGAGAUGCUCCUGAAUUUCCUAAAAUCUAACCUCGGAGAUCAGACAUCCCUGGCAGCCUUGGUGAACCAAAUCAUCACAAUGGCUGAUGUGAACCGAGAUGGGAAAGUGUCUCUGGCAGAGGCCAAGUCCAUCUGGGCGCUUCUUCAGUUGAAUGAAUUCCUCCUCAUGCUCUCCCUGCAUGAGAAGGAGCACACAUCCAAGCUGCUGGGGCACUGUGGGGACCUGUACAUCACAGAGAAGAUCCCUCACAACUCUCUCUAUGGCAUGGAUGUCCCUCGCUUCCUCCAGCCACUGCUGCCCUCUGCCAUCCACCGACUCGUUCAUCAGUGGUUCGCCCCAGCUUGGCCCAGGCGAGCCAAAAUCGCCAUUGGCCUCCUGGAGUUUGUGGAGGAGAUAUUCCACGGCACAUACGGGAACUUCUACAUCUGCGAGACCAGCUUUAAGAAUGUGGGGUACAACGACAAGUAUGACUUCAAAAUGGUCAAUCUGAGGAAGGUGGCCACCGAGAUGACAAUCAGAGGUUUCCUCAAAGGACGUCACUGUGAGCAGAACGUGGACUGCACCUACGGCAAGGACUGCAUGGCCACUUGUGACAAACUCAUGAAACAGUGCAAAAGCGAGGUGGUCCAGCCCAACCUAGCUAAAGUCUGCAGGCUCCUGCAGGACUACUUGCUGUACGGAGCGCCGUCCGACCUGAGAGAAGAGCUGCAGAAGCAGCUACGAACGUGCAUGACUCUGAGCGGCCUGGCUAGCCAGAUGGAAGUGCACCACUCACUUGUGUUGAACAAUCUCAAGACUUUGCUGUGGAAGAAGAUUUCCAAUACCAAAUAUUCCUAAUGGGGAAAACACAACUGGGGGUUACCAAAAUGGAAUUUCAUGGUGGGGAGGGGGUCCAGCAGGUCAAAGGUCUUUCCUCAUUUGCUCCCCCAACAGAAACACACCAUAAGCAGGGAGCUUGGCAUAGCUGUAGCCCCUUUUCCUUCUUGAAAAAAAAAAAAGCAUCCUGACCUGAACCACUCGGUAGCAUCAUCGAUAGCAUUUUUUAGGCCUGUGAGGGUAUGAUGCAGAGUAGGAAUACAGACAACCUGGCUGAAUGGGACUUCAGGAAGAAGCUGAUGGGGUGGGGGUGGGGGAGAGAAGCAGGGUCUAAUUGUAGCCAUCUUUCUUUUUAAUCCAGGAACAAUCAGAAGUGGAAAAAGAGGGAAAUAAUUAUCGCGUUGUAGUUGUCACAUUUUAUUUUGAUGAACACCUCUGAUGUAAAUAAAUAGCUUUUAUGUGACUCGCAUGGGUACAUCAAUAGCAAACAGCAGCCUUUUAAAGACCAGCUUCCUUGUGAUAUUUUCGAAUGGUGGGUUACCAUACCCAGAGGAACUUGCACAAUUAUUAAUUUUUUUUAACAUCUGAAUCAGGCACUCUCGAAUGCAGCUGUUGUGUAGGGAGCAGACAGAGAGGCUUUUCCAUGUGUGCUUACACUUUUGGUUAAUGUUAUGCAUCUAUUUAAAGUGCCUGACUUCUGUAAAGAGGGGGGCUGGGAAAUUCCAGGCUGCUCAAAUUGCUGCUAAUACUGGCAGAGGAUGGCAUGGCUGCCUGCUAGAAAAAUGAACCACCCCAACAUGUUGUUUUGGACAUUUAUAAGAGGAGUGCAGUUGAAGGUACACAGUGAUUCCCAUGAACCAGACCUAUAGAAAGUCUCAGACCUAAGACACACGGUGAAUACAGUAACGUAUAUAACUGCUAUGUGCUAGCAGUUAAGAUAUCUCAUUCCAGACUUGCUCAGGGCUUUCACUUGUCAACCCCCCUGUAAAGGGGAACGUGUCAUUACUAAGGCUGAGAUUCUGAGCCAGAAAUAAUGGGGGCUGCACCGCUCCCUUGUUUGGGGUUGUCCACAGAAGCUGGCAUACCUCAACCGCACUAGCUCAACAGGUUACCUGGGCUCGUGUGGGCCUUGGGCCUUUUUUAAUAGUACAAACUUUCCAUAUAAAGGGAAAUCAGCAGUGUUCAAAUGCCAAUUCAGGUCCAAGCGCUUUGCUUCACUUAAUCAUUUUAAAAUGAAGCCAAGCUUUGCUUGCAAAAGCAAAAAGCUAAUACCGCAUUAGCACGUUUCUUUGCCCACGAUUAAACGGAGGCAAUACUUCAGUUGGCAACAAGGAAAGCCUCUCAGUUGGCUGCCUGACCACUCCCUGCUUUCAGACUCCAGACCCCAUUUAUGUUCAAUUAUAACAACCCUUUCAGGCCACGGAUGGAGGGGAAGAGUUUAAUUUCUGUGAACUACAGUUAGCUUGUUCUCCAUUUUCUAAGCAUUUUACUCAUAUUGACAGACCAUAUGCCAGUUAUCCAACAACAGUUGGUUAGCGAAGCGAAGCGCACAUUUGGGAAACAAUCAGUGGAAGAAAAAAAAAAAGUCCCUCUCGAAAUAUAUGGCCUCUGAAGGCAAUCUUUAGUGUCACAGCUCUAAACUUAUGAGCCCUUUGGAGAGAAGAUACCAGCGUUUCCUUCUAUUAGUUCUAUAGGAUCAUCAUUACCUCUCACCGUUAUUUAUGGAGAAAAUGUUUUAGUGUCAGCGAUGCUUUAAAUCUAGCAUGCAGUCAUUGUAACUUGCUUCCCAGAGAGGCCAGCUUUGCAACACAGUAAUUCAUCUACCAGAAGGUUAAGCAUCUUUGGCUUUUCAAUCAUUUAUUUAUUUAUUUUGGUGUGGAGGUACUUUUUUUGUACAAGCAAGCAACAUUUAACUUCCUAUCAACAGUGCAAAGAUGCAAGUAAACCGAAGCUUUAGACUGGCAUAUGCAGGGCAUCUGCUAUUAUAAAAGGGGAGAGUUUGGGAGGAAAAGGUUUGGAGGUUUUCCAGUCAGCCUGGAAUUCAGUUUUAAUGAUGAUAAAUUCAGAUGUAGUUGCCAUGGCUAUUGUUCUACUAUCCUAUAUUUCUAUGGCAACCAACCACAUUGACAAAUUAUUUUUGCUUUUCUACUAGGAAAAAGGUGCUUUUCAAAAUAUAUACAUACAAAUAAUCCUCUUCAAAUUUCUGGAGAUUAUUAUUCAUAGUCCAGUUGCUUUAUAAAUGAAGGCUUGAAAGCUGAUUGUAACCUACAUUUUCCCAGAGGACCGGCACUGUCUCUUUACCUUUUAAAGAAGUCUUCAUGCCACUGGUUUUCCAAAUGAACAAGAAGUCAGGAGGGUAAAAGUCAGGAGGUUCGUGGAUGAUAUAACAUAACUGUAAAUGAUAUCAAAGUCCCUUCUCUAUAAGAGUCUACAAUGGGAAGGUGAAGCUUGAUGCUGAAGGUACCCGAUGUGUCUAACAGAGAUAGAAUUAGUUAAGCCAACAGCUAUUCAAAUAAAACCAGUAUUGACAAAAAUGAA